ACCGUCUCUCCAGACACUCCCUUCUCGCCCGCCUCCGUGUCGCUGGAGGUCUGCCGCACUCGAUCGGCUCGGCAGCUCUGCGCGGAGACAUUCCUCACGCUCCUUGACCCAUACUCGAAAGUCGAAAUUCGGCGCCGUUCGCCAUGAUCCGCGAUUUCGAGACGUGGAACAAUGUGCUCGGCGAGGCGUCGCAGCUGGAGGAGCUGAGAGGCCUUCGCGUGGGCAUUGAGGCCGCCGAAUACCUCAAGAACCGCAUACUAAAUCAUCCCCGUGCAAAAGAGCCGCUCGUACCUGCGCUGGGAGGCUUACACCUCGCCUUCAGGCCGCACAUUGAGGAGGACCUGAACAAGUUCGCCAGCUACCAGAUACAGCCAUUCUUCGUCUUUAGUGGCCUAGAUCUCGCACAGCAGGACGACCCGUUCCGACAGAGGCAGGAGGGCGCCGCAGCCAUUGCAGCUGCCUGGAGCUUGUACGACAGCCACGACGCAGAGCAGUCAGUCGUCAGGUUUGGUGAAUCUUGUCAGAACCCCGACUCUUUUUGCUGCUGUUACGAACUGACACUCAUCAGCCUAUGUCACGCCGGAUGACCUCUUUCGCGCGCUGCAGUCCAUCCUAGUUGAGAGGAAAGUUCCGUUCCUAGUCGCGCCGUACAGCGCAUGGGCUCAGCUCGCGUAUCUUGAUAAGCGCAAUGAGGUGCAGGCUAUCUCCGGGUCGUCCGAGCUCCUCCUCUUCGACUGUGACAGGGUCAUCACAUCCUGGGACCUCGAAGCUGGC